CAUGAAGAGUUUUUUACCGUUGACCAGAAAGCAAUACACUUUUCCAGCUCUUGUCAUGUUUCUACUAUUAGCCUGGUCGGAGCUUGCGUCGAGUCAGCCCGGACAAGAAGACGCAAGUAACCCGUACGCCUACGGCGGCAGGCUAAGUCCGGCCAUGGCUGGGUUCGUUGUGGCUUUAGUCGCCAUGCUCUUCUUCGUUGGGUUCUUCACCGUCUACAUCCGCCACUGCACGCACGCAGUUGACGACAGCGUUGACUCUAGGGUAGGAGCGAGAAGAGCAACGAACGCGACGGUUGCGCUUGGUCUCGACGCGUCGAUGCUCGAGACGUUCCCGACUUUUGUCUACUCGGAAGUAAAGACGCAGAAGAUCGGUAAAGAUGCGUUGGAGUGUGCGAUUUGUCUGAACGAGUUUCAGGACGAUGAAACGCUGCGUUUGCUACCUAAAUGUGAUCACGUGUUCCACCCACACUGCAUCGGUGCAUGGCUCCAGGGUCACGUGACUUGUCCAGUUUGCCGCACGAAUCUCGCUGACCAGCAGCAGAAGAGGACUGAACCUGUCGAACCGGAAGUAAUAACCGAAACGGAUAUCGAGUCGCAGCUAACCGUGAUUCCUGAACCGGAAGUGGAGAGUGUUGCGCGUGUCAAAUUCUCGAGGUCACACACGACGGGACAUUCGCUGGUGUUACCUGGAGAAUGUACCGAGCGGUUUACUCUACGGUUACCGGAUGAUUUAAGAAAGAAGAUAAUGAUGAAAGGUAAAAUGAACCGGUCGAAAAGUCUUUUGGUUCUACCGAGGAGUGGUAAAUUGGCUGGCCGCUCAAGGGUUAAAUCAAACCAGUGGUUGUUCAUCAAAACACCGUCGUUUAUGUGGCGGAGCCCCGAUGAUAGUUCGAUUAGGCUAGAUGGUACUGGUUGUAUUAGAGCAAAUGCAGUAACAAGUCCGGCGGGUGACUCGGUAGGAGCAGACCGGUGGCGUUUUCUUAGAAGCAUGUCGUUUUGGUGGAGGAGUACGCCGGUUCCUUCGCCGAGAGUUGAAGUCAAUAAGAACGGUGAAGGAACAUCGUCUGUUCAAGCUCAACAUACCGAUACAAAUGGUUUAAGUUUAACCAGCGAUUCCGUGAAGUUACCGGUUUAGUUGGCUAAAACUUUUAGGCUGUAAAUGUUUAGGAUAACUUUUUUUUAUGGGCAAAUAACCAAAAUAAAAAUUAUAAUAUUUAUUUUUUAUUUUUAAAAAUUUGAACACAUUACUA